AUGAGUGACGGCCGUGCUCUUAUCCAGGGCCCUGUCCCGGGAAGGGCUUCCGGCGUCUCAUCAGAUGAAACCGACAUACAGCUUAGUCCAUAUCCGGAAGUACAGCGGGAUCUCGGUGAAGCUUACAAAAAGUACGCAGGAUACGCGGAGAUCAUUGCUAGAGGAGGUCCAUUGGCCCCUCAAUUCUACGACUCGAUUUUCUACUCCGAGGUAGAGAGGACAGUUGCUAGGAUAUUUGGCGAACAAGGCCCGCACAUGGUUGAAGGCAGUACCCAGAGAGCCAUUGAAUGGACUGAUGUCCUUCGUGAAAUGCUCACUCCUGGGGAUUUCCAACGCCAACCAAAUGGUAUGUACCGAUGCUGCGUUCGAGGAAGCUUGAUCGAGGUCACCGAGGCCAAUUACAUCGAGAUCCUCACCGGCGUCACUGAACGACUUUUGCAGCCAUUGCAAAACCUGUCGGAUGAACAGAAGGAAACUCGAGUUCGUCUUAAACUGAGUUCCUACCUGCAUCAGACACACCAAAGUCUCGUCCAAUUUGCCAACGCAGUUCGAACGUCUAUUCAUGGCUUGAAUAGACCCCCUCCUAUCCAUGUUGCAAAUCCCGUCUCUGCUAGGCAUGAAGGUCAACUGUCUACCCCUAGAUCAGCUCGGCCGAGGACUUCAGCUCGAGAGGUAAUCCACAUCUCCGACUCGGGAAGUGACAACAAUGAUACAAACGGCAACCCCAGACCGGAAGCAUCGGCAUCGGCUCGGCGUGGUCCUCCUGCAAUUUUCAAGAUCGAACCUAAUAUCAAAGAAGAACCGGUCAAUUCCCACCCAUCGCGCGUUAAUGCAUCCAUUGAUCCAGUCACAGACGCAACAGAGUACGUCCUGCCACCUGACUUUUUGCAACGUGCUCCCCUUGAUUCAGCCAGCGACUCGGACGAUUAUAUCCCCCCUACCGACACUCAGGGCAGCGAAUCCACUGAUUCAGUCAGUGAAACUGGCUAUGCUGUAUCGUCCACCGACGAAUCUCAAGCAUACUCCACUGAUUAUCUGAAUAACGUGGGUAGUGGGGUUGUGUCCAGCGACGUUUCUCAGUGUGAUUCCGCUGGUCGUGCGAGCGACUUGAUCAAUGAUACCCAGCCAUUCAACUACCACCAAGGCAAUGCCAUCGCUUCAGCGCGCGACACAAAUGAUGAUGCUGGCUUAAUUGCAUUUAACUUGUUGCGAGCGGCCAGUGCUCGGAUGAACAACAGAAAUGUCGAUACCGGAUUGGUCGAUCGCAACAUUACCCUUGCCAUAAACAACCAUGUGCUUGGAAACACGAAUACCAAUACCGGUGCAAAUGUCAAUGCAUAUUCCAACACGAAUCACAUUUCAAAUGCCAAUGCUAAUACCGAAUGGUCUGGCCUCAUCUCCGAGGCGGUCUCCCAGGUUGUCCGUCCAUGGCUGCGCAACACCCACAAUCCCGAUGACGCAGACAACGACUCUCACUCAUCUGGAUCAGACAUUCCUUGGAAUAUCAAAGCCGAAGACGCACCCCACUCGACUGGUAGAUCGGAAAUUCCUUUGAAUAUCAAAACUGAAGAUGCCUCCCAAUCGGCUGGUAGAUCCGACGUCCCUUUGAAUAUCAAAACUGAGGACGCAGCCCACUCGACUGGUACUGCUGUGGUGAAUGAACAUGGAGCAAAGUCUCAUGGUUCGAAGAGACCCCGAGCUGAUUCCUAUGUCAGCGAGCAAGGGAGCAAACUAGCUCCCGCUAAAAGAUACUCUCAAUUGGAAGAGGAAGAGGGUCCAGCAUUCGUAAGGGAGCUAGUUCACAAAGGAUCCACUACCUCCCAAGUUGAAGAGGAAUACGCCCAAAUGUUCGGGGUUCACCGAACUGCUGCUGCUAUCUUCAAGAAGUUCAAAACCAAAGGUACCUGGGCGUUGCUGAAACCACUCCGAGAGGCAAAGAAGCAGAAGACUAUGGUACCGAGCCCUUUCCAUUACUUUGCUCUUACUGAGGACACUUUACUAACAACUGCUCGUAGUCAACCUAGUCUUGCGGCACUCGACACACAUGCUCACCCUAUGGGGUUGGAGCCCGAUUGA